AUGAGCGAUGUCACCAUCGUUAGAGAGGGAUGGCUCCAGAAACGGGGUGAAUACAUAAAGAACUGGCGACCUCGUUACUUCCUGCUGAAGACAGAUGGCUCUUUCAUCGGCUACAAAGAGAAACCUCAGGACGCCGACCUGCCCUACCCGCUGAAUAACUUCUCCGUAGCAAAAUGCCAGCUGAUGAAAACAGAGAGGCCCAAGCCGAACACCUUCAUCAUACGCUGCCUGCAGUGGACCACCGUCAUCGAGAGGACCUUCCACGUGGACUCACCUGACGAGAGGGAUGAGUGGACGGAGGCCAUCCAGAUGGUGGCUGACAAGCUGCAAAGACAGGAGGAGGAGAGGAUCCAGUGCAGCCCCACCUCCAAUAUCGACAACAUGGUCGAGGAAGAGAUGGACAUCUCCACCACGCACCACAAACGCAAAGUAAGGCUCACGCAGACAAUGAGCGACUUCGACUACCUGAAGCUGCUGGGAAAGGGAACCUUCGGGAAAGUGAUUCUUGUGCGGGAAAAGGCCAGCGGGAAGUACUACGCCAUGAAGAUCCUUAAAAAAGAAGUCAUCAUAGCCAAGGAUGAAGUCGCUCACACACUCACAGAGAGCAGGGUGCUGAAAAACACCAGACAUCCCUUUCUCACUUCUCUGAAGUAUUCCUUCCAAACCAAGGACCGACUCUGUUUUGUCAUGGAGUAUGUGAAUGGAGGAGAGCUGUUUUUCCAUUUGUCCAGAGAGCGGGUGUUCUCAGAGGAGCGCACGCGCUUCUACGGCGCCGAGAUCGUUUCAGCCCUCAACUACCUGCAUUCAGCCAAGAUUGUGUACCGGGACCUCAAGUUGGAAAACCUGAUGCUGGAUAAAGACGGCCAUAUCAAGAUCACAGACUUUGGACUCUGCAAAGAGGGCAUCACGGACGCUGCUACCAUGAAGACCUUCUGCGGCACGCCAGAGUACCUCGCACCCGAGGUGCUGGAGGACAACGACUACGGCCGGGCUGUGGACUGGUGGGGUCUGGGCGUGGUGACGUACGAGAUGAUGUGCGGCCGGCUGCCCUUCUACAACCAGGACCACGAGAAGCUUUUCGAGCUCAUACUCAUGGAGGACAUAAAGUUCCCGCGCACGCUGUCGGCCGACGCCAAGUCGCUGCUGUCCGGCCUGCUCAUCAAGGACCCCAACAAAAGGCUGGGGGGAGGACCGGACGACGCUAAAGAAAUAAUGAGGCACAGCUUCUUCUCUGGCAUCGACUGGCAGGACGUCUACGACAAAAAGCUCCUGCCUCCCUUCAAGCCCCAAGUGACGUCGGAGACGGACACCAGGUACUUCGACGAGGAGUUCACGGCUCAGACCAUCACCAUCACCCCGCCGGAGAAAUUCGACGAAGACGGGAUGGACUGUUUGGACAACGAGAGACGGCCGCACUUCCCACAGUUCUCUUACUCUGCCAGCGAAUUGAUCCAGACCCAAACUUCCAUCCGACCGGUCGUAUCUCAGGCUUUUUUCAGACCCAGACUCGGAGAGACCCCCGGGUCCGGCCUCGGCGGUUCCGGGACCGAUGGAGCGGUGGUCAGCAGUGAGCAGAGCCCCCACACACCUCACGUUGUCCGGCAGGAUUUGACUCAGGUGUUGCUCAGUGCAAGUCAUUGUCGUUGCUGCUAUCUCAACCACCACCACCACCACAACAGGUACUACAACUCCUCCUACUGCGACUCCUCAAACCCGGUGCUACCCUUCUGGCUGAAUGCUGCUGACCACUGCACCACCCAGCGCCCGGUGGAACAUCCCAAAGCUCUGAGGAAGUCGCGUCUGUGCGUGUUUGUGCGAGUGAGAUCGGACCGUGGCCGGGAGGUGACGGGACAUUUUAAAGACAGCCGAGGCGAGUUGAGGGGGUUCCCACAGGUGGAGAACGCUCAGGCUGGCCUCACCUGGUUGGGAGGUGGACAGAAAGGGCCCCCGGGCUGA